UUCCCCCGCCCUCAAUCCGCCUGCCCGCAGAAAGCCGGAGCGUGCGGCUGGAGGUGCAAAACAGGCUGGGAAAAGGAGGAAAAACAGGGAAAAAAGAAGAAAAAAGGGACAAAAAAGAGAGGGGGAAGAGGAUAAAAGAAGGGACAGAUCAAAAAAAAUAUAGUAAAGGGGAAAAGGAAGACGAGAGAAGCAAAAGAGGAGCGCGAAGGAAUAAAAAAGAUUAAAGAGGAAAAAAAGAAGGGGAACGGAGGGAAAAGCGAGGAAAAGCAGAAGGAAGAAGAAACAGAAGGAAGGAAAAGGGAAUAAAAGAGGAAAGAAGAAGGAAAAAAGCAGCAAAAAAGGGGUUCCAGAGGGCCCAAGACCCCACCUUGGCAGGAUCAGGGGCUCAGAGGAUUCCUGGGCGGAGAUUUGGGAUGCGGCUGGGCAGAGCCGGAGCCUGAGCGGAGCCGGAGCGGCGCGGGAGGGACCCAUGGAGCAGGACGGGACCCCCGGUGGCGGGGACAGGACCCCCGGUGUUGGGGACAGGACCCCCGGUGGCGGGGCCAGGACCCCCGGUGGCCAGGACGGGACCCCCGGUGUUGAGGACGGGACCCCCGGAGUUGAGGACGGGACCCCCGGUGUUGAGGACGGGACCCCCGGUGGCCAGGACGGGACCCCCGGUGGUGGGGACAGGACCCCCCGUGGCGGGGACAGGACCCCCGGAGUUGAGGACAGGACCCCCGGUGUUGAGGACAGGACCCCCGGUGGCGGGGCCGGGACCCCCGGUGUUGAGGACGGGACCCCCCGUGGCCAGGACGGGACCCCCGGUGGCGGGGACGGGACCCCCGGUGUUGAGGACGGGACCCCCCGUGGCCAGGACGGGACCCCCGGUGUUGAGGACGGGACCCCCGGUGUUGGGGACGAGACCCCCGCCCCAGCCGGGGGCGCUGCCGAGGGGGGAUCCGGCCCCGAGGGACCCCCGGGGGGCUCCCCCGAGGAGCGGCCCCGGCAGCGGGGGGGGUCCCCGGCGGCCGGGCCGCCCCGGGCGCAGCCCCCCGCCCCGAAGGAGGAGUUCCACCGGGUGAAGUGGAUCGGCUGGAAGGGGCAGCGCACGCCCGUGGUGACCCAGAGCGAGAACGGGCCGUGCCCGCUGCUGGCCAUCAUCAACAUCCUCCUGCUGCAGUGGAAGGUGAAGCUGCCCCCGCAGAAGGAGGUGAUCACGGCCGAGGAGCUGAUGGCACAUUUGGGGGAUUGCAUCCUGGCCACCCAGCCCCGGGACACCUCGGAGGGGCUGCAGCUGAACUUCCAGCAGAACAUCAGUGACACCAUGAUGGUCCUGCCAAAGCUCUCCACGGGGCUGGACGUCAACGUCAGGUUCACGGGGGUCUCAGAUUUCGAGUACACCCCCGAGUGCAUCAUCUUCGACCUCCUCAACAUCCCUCUCUACCACGGCUGGCUGGUGGACCCCCAGAGCCCGGAGCAGGUCCAGGCCGUGGGCAGGCUCAGCUACAACCAGCUGGUGGAGAAGAUCAUCACCUGCAAACAGGCCAGCGACUCCAGCCUGGUGAGCGAAGGGCUGGUGGCCGAGCAGUUCCUGGAGUCCUCGGCGUCGCAGCUCACCUUCCACGGGCUGUGCGAGCUCACGGCGCGGGCCCGCGAGGGCGAGCUCGGCGUCUUCUUCCGCAACAACCACUUCAGCACCAUCAUCAAGCACAAGGGCCACCUGUACCUGCUGGUGACGGACCAGGGCUUCCUGCAGGAGGAGCGGGUGGUGUGGGAGAGCCUGCACAGCGUGGAUGGGGACAGCAGCUUCUGCGACAGCGACUUCCACCUCAGCCACGGCCCGGGCACCGCGGGGGCCACCGCGGCGGCCCCGGACCACCGGCAGAGCCAGGUGGACCAGGAUUUCCUGAUGGCCCUGUCGCUGCAGGAGGGGCAGAUCGUCCCCUCCGUGCUCAGCGACCUGGAGCUGGCGCGGCAGCUGCAGCACGAGGAGUACCAGCAGCACCAUCCUCAUCCUCAGCCCGCUCCUCCUCUGCCGGCGCAGGCGGGCGGGCGCGCCCCCCGAGAGCGGCGGCAGCGGCAGCGGCCGGAUUUGGACUGCGCCCUCCUGUAGCAGCCCCUGCCCGCGGGGUCCCCGCAGCCCCCCGAGGCCUCCGGGGGGUCCCGCGGGCUGCAGCGGACACACGGGUGAGGGGUGACCGUCUGAGGCCACCCCAAAGUUCCCAGUGGCCUUAACACAGGGGGGUCCCACUCAGGGGGAGCCCCCUCAGGGGGGUUCCACACCUCAGCCCGUGCUCCAGGACACGGCUGGGCUGGGGGGACACGUGCACCCCCCUGUUCAAUGCGUGGCCUUAGCCCUUGGCGAGUAAAGGACUUGUCCCCUGCA